CUGCUGCAGCCGCCCGACCCGAAAGCGGUGAAAUCACGUGGCAGCUGGCCUGGGCCGGGCGUAGCGCGCCUGCUCGGCUCCUGUCCGGCCGAAAUGAGUCGCAGCGACCAGCACUUGAGUGGCACUCCACCUCCACCUCCACCGCAUCCUCCCCACCCCUCACCCUCCCCCCACCCCCACCCACCCUCGCCUCCUCCACCCCCUCUGCCGCCUCCCAGGCCAACCCCCACUAGGCCUCCGCCGCCCGCCAAUGAUCACAUAGAGACCAUAAGACUGCCCCCUUCUCGAAGUGAAGACACCCUGCAUAUGCACACACGGAUCACGCCAAGGACCAGAGCCACCGUCUCCGCUACCACAUCCCCUCUCCUGCCUUCCAGACCAACUGGGUAUGGAAGUGGCAAUAGCUUGCAGUCUUCAUCUGAAGAGUCGGCUCUAGCCAACCAGACAAGCAAAAGCGAAGGAGAAGCUGAGGAGGAAGGAGCCACCGUCCCCGCUCCCGCCCCAGGCAUACUGCAG